AUGAGUAAUAACAACAGUAAUAAUGCUUCAUAUUUGCCAGCGAUGUUUUCUACGCCACCUCCAAUGUUAAGCAAUGCAUCAAACUGGAAUGGUUUUAAAUAUCCUCCUCAGCGUCAAUCUCCUGGUUCCCCUAGAUAUAGAAACCCACUAAUUAUAAAUGGUGAAUCACCUCGUAACAUUACUUCGUCUCCAAGUGAAUAUUCAUCAACAUCAAACAACACUUAUAUGAGUAGUAAUGUAGCACAGGCACAAGGCCCUCCGAUAUUUGAUUUACCGCCACCUCCACCAGUAAAUACUAGCACAGCUUAUGCAAUGAAUACUUCAAUGCAAUCUCUUGCAUCUAACAGUUUUGAAGGAAAUGCAAAUUAUCAAUUAAUGUACAGAUAUGCAAAUCCAGCACAAUUUCAAUAUGCUAUGAAUUCUGCCCAUUCAAAUCCAUAUCAGUUAGGUCCAUCCAUUCCAUUCACUUCCUCACAACCUCCUUUACCCCCAGUUCCUCCUCCUGAAAAUCCUCCCCCUCCACCUCCCCCUUCUAGUAUGGCGCAGUCUCAUCAAGCUUUGCUACAAAAUUCUCAUUAUGCCAAUUUCCAUAAUAGAAUUCAGUUUAGCCCAAUGUUUGGCUAUCAAAAGCAAAAUAUGUAUAAAAGGAGAUAUGAUGGCGAUGGUAAGAAACUGGCAAAGAAAAAGAAGAAACCAUUAUCACAAGUGGUACCUCAAAAAAGGGACUGGUCCCUAGCUGAGGCUAGAAAGGCUUUAGAAGUAGAAAAAGAAUGUAACAAAAACAGUAAACGGCAGGGAUUGAUAAUAAAAUUCCCAGAUAUAGAACUGAAUAGAGAUAUCGUCUCAAAUUUCCAUAGCAGUAUUGAUUCUGUUCAUUUUCAACAGCCUUCGACACCAAGAUACUGUUUCAUUACGUUGAGGGAAUCCGCGGAUCCAGAGACAGUAAUUAGACAGUUGAAUCAAAUACCAUUCGGUUUAGGGUAUUUGACAGCAGAGUUUAAAAAAGACAGAGAAGAUGAACAAAACCUGCAACCAUCCGACAUAGAUCCCUUAACUCUAUAUGUCGGUAACUUAGCACAGGAAAUCACGAAAGAGGAUAUAAUCAAGACUUACCCGAAACAAAAAAGAAUAGACAUAGGGUACGCUAAGAAGAUGAAAUAUACAAGAUACGCUUUUGUAUCUUUUUACAAUGUCGAUGAUGCCGUAGAAGCAUUUCAAAAUACCCAUUCAGCACAGUUGUACUCAAAGAGUCUUAUUGUUAGGUUUAGACGUCUUCAUGGAACAGUCGGUAUGCCCGGUGAACCCAAACAAAAUACUCCUCGGCCAGAUAGUGCAAGUACAACUACAAGUACCUUAGAAUCUGUAACUGAUAGUCAGGACCACGACAAUUCAAAUCAAUGGGAUAUCGAUAUAUCCAAUUGGGAUUCCGAAGAUACUGAGUCACAAUUCAAAAGGAGUGAAAGUCCGUAUACGUCUGAUGAGGAGGAACAAGAAGAAUCAUCAAUUUCUCCUCUUAGAAUACCUUUAAAACGAGAGGCAUUCGAGUCGCCUAGGACACAACAUGGCCCUGUACCUAAUAGAGAAAAGAAGAAUAUUAAACCACCGGGGCUUCCUCUUGAAACAAACAUUGUGCCUAUUGCCGAAGAGGAGGAUAUUAAACCACCCAGGUCUCCACUUAAAACAUUGUUCACAGUAGGUUCAGUCGAUUUAAGUUAUAAACUACACCGUCCUAUAUCUAUUAAAGAAGAUAAGGAAUUGCUUGAGGUUGACCGUGCUGAGUCAGCUUCCGAACGUCCUAUAACUCAUGAUAAGAAUUCAAAUAAUGAUACUAAACCCGAAAUAUCAGACAUUAAACAUGAAGGAAGCAAAUUGUAUUCCAACACCAGUUAUGACCACCUUCGCGCCUUACAUAAGCAACUGCGAAGUGCCCCAGUAAAAGUUAAAAUUGAGAACGAUAUUCAAAGAGAUAAUGAGCGGAGUAGUUCAAAUGUUUCGAAUUUGGACCGUGUUUCUGAGAAGGAUAGGACUUCUCCUCAACGAAAUGAAGAUAUUGAUUUGACCAAAGAUAAGGUCAUAAAUAGUGAUAAGGAAAUUGAAAAGACUGCUGAAGUGAAUACAACGAAUGAUAGGAAUACGAUAUCAAAUUGGGAUGAUAUCGACGAACCGGUAGCUGUUAAAACCGAAAAAGGUAAGUUG